AUGAGUGAAGCAGUCACAAACGGUGCCUCUGCUAAAAAGCAACUCAUUCUUAAUGCCUUUGUAGAAUCCUGCAGCGGUCAUCAAUCUCCUGGUCUUUGGAGACAUCCAGAUGAUCAAUCUACCGGCUUCAACGAUAUCAAGCAUUGGGUUAAGCUUGCUCAAUUACUUGAGAAGGGCAAAUUCCAUGGCAUAUUCAUUGCAGAUGUUCUGGGAGCUUACGACGUGUACAAGGGUCCCAAGAAUCCCGACCCAGCAAUCAUCUCUGGCGCACAGUGGCCUGUUAACGAGCCUCUUGCAACGGUUCCAGCGAUGGCGGCUGCAACAUCGAACAUAGGCUUCGGAGUCACUGUUGCCACAACUUAUGAGCAGCCGUAUCAUCUCGCUCGACGUCUAUCAACCGUUGACCACUUGAGCGGCGGUAGAGUAGGAUGGAACGUGGUGACUGGCUAUCUUGACUCCGCAGCAAGGAACCUCGGCCGUACCGAACAACCAGAACACGAUGAUCGCUACGCCAUGGCUGAAGAAUACGUGGAAGUGAUGUAUAAGCUUUGGAUGUCAUCCUGGCGAGACGACGCCGUCAAGCUCGAUCGCGAGAAAAUCAUCUACACAGAUCCAGCUCUUGUAAGGACGAUCGACCAUGUUGGUAAAUACUACAACGUGCCUGGUCCUCACAUUUGUCAACCGUCACCUCAGCGAACACCAGUCAUACUCCAAGCUGGUACCUCCAAGGCUGGAAAAGAAUUUGGUGCAAAGAAUGCAGAAGCCAUCUUUGUCGCCGGACACAGUCCUUCUGUGGUCGCAAAGAACAUUGCUGAGAUACGAACUUUGGCAAAGGACAAGUUUGGACGUGAUCCGAAGAGCAUCAAAUUUCUUGCAUUGCUAUGCCCCAUUAUUGGUAAAACUCAAGAAGAGGCGGAGGCAAAAUACAAGGAGUAUCUCAGUUACGGAUCGGAAGAUGGUGCUUCUGCUCUCUUCGGAGGCUGGACUGGCAUUGAUCUUUCACAGUACGGAGAUGAUGAGGAGCUCCGCCACGUUCAGUCCAAUGCUGUCAGAUCGGCGGUGGAAGGCUGGUCGAGAUCUACACCGAAUGUUGCAAAGUGGACCAAGCACACUGUUGCCAAUCAUAUCAAGGUAGGAGGUCUGGGAGCUACUGUCAUCGGUACCCCAGAGUUCGUUGCCGACGAACUGGAACGAUGGGUCAGAGAAGCCGAUGUUGAUGGUUUCAACAUUGCAUACUCAGUUUUCCCAAGGACAUUUGAGGAAGUCAUCGAUUAUUUGCUGCCGGUACUCAGAGAGCGAGGGUUGUUCUGGGAGGACUAUGCUGUACCUGGAGGUACCUACCGCGAAAAUCUGUAUGGGAAGAAGGGUAUUGCUCGUCCUGCCCAGGAUCAUCCUGCAGCAGCUUUCCAUUGGAAGGCAGAGUAA